AUCACUACAAUUUGCUAGACAAAAGCUUAAUUAAUUAAUAAAGAUGACAAAGCUUGCCCUAUGCAUGUUGUCAUUGUUCUGUAUUCUUGUUUUGGCAACUGCUCAAAGUGCCACUGUGCAGUCCACAUUUAAUUUAUACAACCCUGAGCAGCAUAACUGGGACUUACGUGCUGUUAGUGCAUUUUGCGCAACAUGGGAUGCAGACCAGCCCUUGUCAUGGCGUAGCAAAUAUGGUUGGACUGCCUUCUGUGGACCUGUUGGUCCUCAAGGCCAAGCUUCUUGUGGCCGUUGCUUGAGGGUGACAAACACUAAAACUGGAGAUCAGCAAAUAGCAAGAAUUAUUGAUCAAUGCCAUAAUGGGGGCUUAGACUUGGACGUUGGUGUGUUCCAAAGGCUCGACUCAGAUAGAAGUGGGAAUGCUCAGGGACAUCUUAUUGUCAACUAUGCUUUUGUCGAUUGUGGUGACUAAAUAUA